AGUCAUGUGAUGUUAUGCACUCAACUUCGUUCCAUUUCAAACAUGGCCGUCAACUACGAAGUUACGAAGGGGGGUGACUAGUUUUCGCGUAUUAUUUUAACAUUUUUAUGGCAGAUAUUGAAUAAUUAAUGUUUUUAUGGAACACGGAAAAGACAGCCAAUGUUACUGAGAUAUUUAAGCAAACAAAGACCGGUUUGAUUGUGCUUUAAGCACCAACAGUUUUACCAUCCGUGUGUAUUCGGAGAACGAAUCUUCAUAUUUUGAGAUCCCAACCAGGUGACUACGAUUUCAAUGUAUUCUAUACAGAAUAUGGCCGAUGAAAAUGAUAUCAUUGGAAGUGCAUCAGAAUUCAUAAAAGAUCGAUUGUACUUUGCAACCCUCAGAUCCAAACCAAGAUCAACAGCACAUACACACUACUUCUGUGUUGAUGAUGAACUUGUGUACGAAAACUUCUAUGCAGACUUUGGGCCACUGAAUUUGGCAUUGCUGUACAGAUACUGUUGUAAACUCAACAAAAAAUUAAAGGCUCAUUGUGGUAUAAGUUUGACCAACUGUGAUAAUGAUUGCGACAACACAGGAAAUGACCUUGAUAACUAUGUCACAGAUUCUUUCUCCCUUGCCAAGAAGAGAAUUAUUCACUACACAAGUUUUGAUGCCAGAAAAAGAGCUAACGCAGCGUUUCUUAUAUCAUCAUAUGCGAUUAUUUAUCUCAAGAAAACCCCAGAGGAAGCAUACAGGCCUUUAGUGGCUGGUUCCAACCCACCAUUUCUACCUUUCAGGGACGCCUCCUUUGGAGCAUGUACAUACAACCUAACGCUAUUAGAUUGUUUACAUGGUAUAAGUAAGGCAUUAGCAAAUGGUUUCUUUAACUUUGACACAUUUGAUGUGGAUGAAUAUGAACAUUAUGAGAAAGUAGAAAAUGGAGACUUCAACUGGAUUGUGCCAAACAAAUUCUUAGCCUUUUGUGGGCCUCAUACCAAAACCAAGAUUGAAAAUGGCUACCCCCUCCAUGCACCAGAGGCGUACUUCCCUUACUUCAGAAAACACAACGUCACCACAAUAGUGCGGCUCAACAAGAAAAUUUACGACGCCCGGCGGUUCACUGAUGCUGGCUUCGACCACUUUGACCUUUUCUUCAUAGAUGGCAGUACGCCGAGCGACAGUAUAAUGCGGCAUUUCUUAGAACUCAGUGAGAAUGCCGAGGGAGGCAUUGCAGUGCAUUGUAAAGCGGGUCUUGGUCGUACGGGUACUCUGAUUGCUUGCUAUAUGAUGAAACACUACAAGUUCACGGCUGCCGAGUGUAUAGCCUGGUGCAGGAUAUCACGGCCGGGCUCCAUCAUUGGGCCCCAACAGAACUUUUUAGAAGAAAAACAAGCAUGGUGUUGGAUGCAGGGAGAUCUAUUCAGAGCAAAGAUGAAGGAAAAUGAUCGGAAACGAGACAGACAUCACAGUGUCUCCAAAAUACUCUCUGGUGUUGACGACAUGAGGAUUCAAGAUGCACUGGAAAAUGAGAAAUAUGCAUUUGAGGCAGAAUCUCAUCUUUAUUCCGGUCCUGUUACAAGAGGUAGUCUGAUUGAGACACAAGGAGACAAACUGAACCAGAUGAAACUCCUCCGCUCCAAGCAUGCUCGCUCUGCCACUACUGGAGCUGUAGGGCACGACGACGGAAAAGGCCACAAACGAUCAACAACACAGCCUUUCCGCCCCAUUGGGUCAAAGAGUGCUCACUCGGGCACGGCAAUGUCUCCUCUGAAGGCCUCAAAGGUCAGCACUGUAAGCAACAACCAUAGCAACUCAACAUCAUCAGUCAAGCGGAACACACGCCAUGCGACUGGCUCCUCCACUAGUGCCAAAAGAAAGUACCACUCCCACACCUAUAGCCUGAGGAAGGCCAUGGGCACAAGCAGUUCUUCAAGCAGAUAUGACAAUGAUUCACAAGACUACCUUGAGAAUAGACUCAACAAGGAUUUUAAAAGCAACCUGUAUAAUACUUCGGCAGACCUGAGCUCAUGGCCGUACAAAUAUCAGUUACGUUCCUCUACAGUCGGUUCCUCAUACUCGCAGUACUAAGACCACCCUGAUACGAUAGCUGUGGGGUGGACAGCGAUCUCGCCAGGGGCUGUGAUACCAAAUCUAACUUACUAUGCACAUCAAAAGUUACAACAUCUCUGCCGUGACUUUGUUUAAUCAUGAAUGAAUUCAGAAGAAUCCAAUUCUAUGAACAACAGUUAGCAUAUUAAUUUCUCCUAUUGCUGGGAGAACUACAGAAAUUAAUUUAAAUAUCUCAGAAAAUUAGGAGGCAAUGAUUGGAAAUUCUGUGAACUACUAGUGAAUGAGGGAGCAGGGAAGAAAAACUCAUUAAAUGUUGAUCAUAAAAAAUGAGUUGUGAUAGAAGUGAAAUGAAAUAUUUCGAAAUCAUAGAAAAUUUAAUUCACAGACUUUUAUAACUAAAAUGGAAAACCCAAACAAUUGUUAUCAGAAAUUUCCUAGCUAGAACCCAUGUUUUUAUGGAUUAUAAAGUGUACAUUUUGCCGUUUGAAGAUAUUUAUUUGAUUUUGUGAAAUGAAAAAAACAAUGGAAUAGAAAUUAGUAGGAAGUUCUCUAGUCAAUUCAAUGCCUUUGUAUAAAAAUUGUAUGUUCAUUUUGUUCUGUGACCACAUCUUUGGUCAAUUUCUUCAUAAGCAGACAAAAACAUUUAGUCUAAUUGAGAAAAGAUGAUAUAUUACUUAAAUGGGCCAAACAGGUGCAGAUAACUCUUGUUUUAUUUGGACAUUUUUGUUUUAAACUUUCGGGAAUCAAAUUUUAUCAAGGAUUCUUUUUAACUUAUCAUUAUGAAGUGAUUUGAACACAGCAUUAGAUGACUCCAUUAUAUUUAGGCCUGUUGAAUUGUUUUAUAUUUAUAUUUUAUAGUAUUGUUAUUAGAAUCAUCUUUUAAAUGUGUGUUUUUUAACACUAAGAGUCGGAGUUUACAUUGAAAACAGAUUAACUAGAAGCGAGACAGGCUCUAAUCAUGUUCUUGUCGCUGAUACAAAUGAAACAUUUUUCAAUCGAGAUUUUGUUCAACAUUGUCACCCUGUGCUAAUGAAGAACUUACUGAUGUGAACCAGAAAAAUGUGAUACGACAUCAUUGUAUUAACUGUUUGUUACUCACUGUUAUAAAUGGCAUUGAUAUUGUUAUAUCAUGUUCCAGUAAUUAUUUAACAAACCUACGUGAUUAUAAGACAUUUCAAUGUAUCCCCAAUUUGUUUUACUUUUAACAUCAUCCCGCAUUAGAAAGUCUUGUUUCUGUUGGUGCACAGUGUGUUUCAAAAUUGUUUUUGAUAGUUUUUCUUCGAUUUCAUUUGAUAUUGCAGAUCAUGUUUACAACUUUGAAAAUACAGACCUUGUUUCUAGAUAUAUUUAGGAGCAUAGCUUCCUUUAUUAUUUAUUCCUGCAUGUUGCUACAUUAUUUUCUAUACUCAACGCUUGUUUUAGAACACUUUAGUCUUUUAUCCAUCUAUACUUCCUAUCUUACUGUGCUUUUACUGGUGAUCAUCUGUUAUCUAUGUUAUUAAAACAAAUAUUUCUGUGAUAUAUUGAUAUAUGAUGGACAGAAAUGUUUUUUAGUGUUAUUACUUUUUUUUGCAUGUAUUUUAACCUGUUUCUUCGACAUAAGGAGAAAACUUUUUAUUUUUCUUUCCAACCAAAUACAAUGGGAUUUGUAUUGGAUAAUGGAUUUUUGUUGUAAUGUGUUGUUAAGGGAAUAGGGUUUGUUACCAAGGUAACAUUGAUGCCAGAGGUUAACUAGGGGUCAAGGUCACCUGAAAAUGUGAUCUUCACCAUCCUUUGUAGCAUCACAUGGACAUGGUGACACAUAUUUAUUUGGUUUGGUUGAAAUGUUGGCAUGUUGGUGUCAAACAGGAUUGUUUAUAUAUGUGUACAACAUUAAUAAGGCCUUAUAGUUUUUAAAGAAGUAUAAUAGCAGACAACCUAUAUCUACCGCUAUCAUUGUACCCAAAACCAGAAGCUGCUUUUUGGCAGGGCGCUUUUUCAUUUUAAAUCUAAGUUAUUAUUUUAAUGCAUGUAAAAAAAAUGUGUAAGGAAUGAAUUGGUAUGUGAUUCAUGCAGAACUUUGUGUCCAGGGCUGAGAUUGUGGGUCAGUUUGGGCCGUCAGGGUAGGGUGGUUAGGAUCAUUAUGUAUAUAGGUCAGUGAAUGAGGUCACCAGUCGACACAUUCUUCAGGUGUGGUAUUAACACUGUAAGUCAGUAGUGCUACAUGUGUUCAUUUCAUCCAUAUCUUCUCUAACUAAUUAUGAAAUAUCCACCUCAAAUUUUAUAAUUAACCAUACUAUUUACAUACCCCCACUUCAUGUAACACCUAUAAGUUAUUACAUUCUGAUAAGGGAAAAUCAGUUUUCAUCCCUAUCGCUGUUAUCCAUGAAUUUGUUUAUAUAUAUAUUUGUGAUGGAUCUCCAUCAGUGUUUUGAUUGACAUUCACCACCGUUUCAAACAUGGUAGUGACUAAAGCCCCAUCUAAACUGUAACUCUCAAAAUGUCCUCAUCAAAUUAUGACACUUAAUGUAACAACUAUAUUUACGUCAGAAAAAAAAGGAAAUUGAAUAGGAAUUUAAAUAUGAGUAAACCAUAUAUUUAUCAGAUUCCAAUAGUGUAGUCAAACUUAGGAGUCGAUUUUGUGUAGGUUAAUCAAGGUCACUAACAGACGUGUAGGUCAAGGUCAUGCCCUUUAAUCUUUGUUAUCCUUAAGGUCAAUGUCAUAUCCACAGUGCCUCACUACACAGAUCUAUUUUCAUCCCAACAUGUUCAAAUAUAAUACAUGAGAUGAAGAUAUGGGGAUAAUAAAUAAACGUCCUUCAAAAUUGUAUUCAAGUAUCUGUGGAAAAAUGAAAAGAAUUUUUGAUUGGAAGUUGUACACUUCAAAUAGUAUUUCUGAUAUGCCUGUGUUGGCCUAAAAUUUAUUAAAGAAUUGAUAUUUUACCAAUUCCUGUAUCUCCUGGUAUGCCCCUUCCUAGCUAUAGCUACCUACCAACGUUUUCAGUCUGUGCAAUUAAAACUAGAUUAUUUUCCUGUCCAUGUAUACAUUCUGCACCAAGUAUGUGUCCCCACUGUUUGUUGUGUCAAUUCUUUGUGUUGGAAUAUCACAGAAAAAUGUACAUAGCAGUGUUUGAAGCUGUAGAAAUUUGAUGCAACAAUACACCAAAUAUGUUACCAAAAAAUUCCAAAAAAAUAAUUGUACAAAGGGUAUCACUGUUGUUAUUGUUUUCACCCAAAUACUGCAUGAACUUUAUAAUAAAAAUAAUAUUAUAUUUAAUCUGUUUCUGUGAACAAUGUUUGGGUGAUGAUGAGAAUGGUACUGAUGUGAUAACCAUGAUUAGUGUAAAUUGAGAGGAAUCUUGUGAAUAUUUUUUCCUGCUUGUACAGUUGUUGUAUAGGAGCGCCGUUUCUACGUGUAGUGAUAGUAAACAUGAGUGUACAUAACCAUGAACCAGUCGUAUAGUUGACAAUAUUUUUAUUACUCUAUUGUUUUAUAGAAUUAUAGAGAGAGAGGAGAGUGAGAAUACCAUCACUCCUGGGGAAAAUAAAAUACAAUUCCUUGAUACAG